CGUUGGUCAAAUUUGUAUUCGUGUUGUUUAUCUGGUGUCAGGAGGAAGGUCUUUAGGUUUCUUAAAGUCUUUUUCUAUGAAACUAGACCGAUCGUCACACUGUUAAAAACAUGUUAAACCAACAAGAGGAUGGAGAAAAUGGAUUCGAAUUAGUUGACAAACCAAAGGAAGGCAACGUAAACGACGGUCCCACUCCGUUACCUGCUUGGAUUAAUCCACCUACAAGUCUUCCACUUAACUUGAUGGCUGGACCUCCCCCCUUAGUUUUGCCUGCUGGGCAGCUAUUUCCCACAACAAGCACCCCGACUGUAGCAAACUCUCAGUUUUUUACAGGGCAGUCAGGACUUCAAUCACAAACUGGUUUAAAUCUUCCAAUUCUGCUUCCAAUAUCACCAAUUGCAGAAAUUGGUGAAACACACCAUAAUGUUCCAGCUGCAACUUCUGAUUUGGAAAUUUGUGUAUUAGAAAGCCCUGUGGCUGCAAGUGAGAAAAAUAUUGUUGAUGCUCCAUAUGAACAACCAAGCAAAGGUUCUGGACUUUUUGGAUGGAUGAAAGAAGCAAUGCCUGGAAAAGGAAUCCUAGCCAAAGUGGCUGAGAAAGCUAGAAGUUCAGUUGAUACAAUGAUUACAACUUUGGACCCUCAAAUGAAAGAGUUUAUAUAUUCUGGAGGUGACAUUGAUAUUGCAGUAACCUCCACAAAGGAACUGAAACUUAGUUCAGUCCGAGAAGCUUUCCAGACAGUUUUCGGAAAAGCAACUGUCAAAGGUUAUGAAUCGCAAAGUGUUGGCACAGCAGCACAACCAGUGGGAUUUACCAGUGCGUUGCAAGCUGCGCGGGAAAGAAUUGCGAACCUACGAAGUAGUGGAACCGUUCCACCUCAACAGCCAGUAGUAUCAGUUGAGGGAUUCGUUGUUGAACUCUUCAGUGACAAUUGGUUCGAAAUGAACUGUCUCCUGUUGGAGGACCCUGUUCGCAAUAUUAGCGUACAGGUGUUUUCUCAGCCAUUAAUGGUCCCCGCAAACGCCGUCGCACGUAUGCGUAACUGUACAACCGAAUCUUAUCCCUUACGACAGUCUGGAUUUGCCGUUACUGUCGGACAAGCAGUUGCUGAAGAAUUUAAUGUAGCUGCUACAGAGUGGCAAAUGGCACUAACUGGAAUCUCCCGUCGCGAUAUUCUGCUUUUAGCGGCAAAGACUUUAGCCAACAGCUACAAAUCGUAAUCAUUUAAUAUCUUUUCUAUAGUAAUUCGAAAUUUGGCGGUCAUUGGUGAUUUUCUGUUGAAAUCGGCAUUCAUUUGAAUACUUGUGUUAUUAUUCGCCAUGCGUAUUUUCACUUGGUCAUUUAAAGAAAUGGUCAUAUGUGGUGGGUUACUGGAUGUCAACUUUUCUAAUAGUUUCUAGGUCAACGAAGUACCGUUUCCGCACUCCGAUCGUGUUUGCAAUUGUGUGUGGUCGUCGUAUUUGAGACACAGUUAAUUGAAGUAAAGCAAAAGUAUGUACGAUUUGAUAACAGAGAUUUAUAUGAAUAACCAUA